AUGUCGGAAGAGCGCCUUUGGAAGUUCAGGAAGCCGGAGUGGAUGAAUAGCGCUACGGCGAGGAGUUCGGGUGUUUAUGGCGCGGGGGCUUUGUUCUCCCUCGCAUUCUUCGUCCUCCUCGACGCCGCCGUUUGGUCCCACAGCGCCAAGAACGGCUCCGACAUCCACAUAACCUUCAUCGACUGGCUACCUCUCAUCUUCUCCUCCCUCGGCAUGCUCAUAAUUAACAGCAUCGAGAAGACCCGGCUCUCCGCCGACUCUUUCUCGUACUCUGGGAGUGGAGUGGCCUGGAAGGCCCGCGUGGUGUUGUUCUUGGGGUUUGCGAGUCUAGCGGGAGGUAUGGCUGGUGGUGUGACGGUUCUGGUGUUGAAGUAUGUGGUGCCUAGUGCGCCAUGGCCGACUAUGUAUAUGGGAGUUGCGAAUUUGGUGGCCAAUGGGUUGGUUAUGUUGAGCUCGGUUGUGCUUUGGAUUAGCCAGAACAUGGAGGAUGAGUACUCGUAUAACUUGGCUCUGUGA